AUGCCCUUUCCUUUGACUCUACAGGGGGAAUUCAAGCGCGACCUCUUUUUCCUGCUGUACCGCGGCAAGGAGGCUGAGUUCGUGGAGCGCCUGCCAGGCGAGGUGGCAGUGAAGUACAAGCUAACGCCGGCCGUGGAGAAGCUGCUGGAACUGGGCGCCGACCCCAACCUGACGCAGCCUUCGGAGUUGACGGCGAGCGAGGAUGCCGCGUACCGGGGUUCCCCGGAGAUCCUGAGCCUUCUCAUCGCCCGGAACGCUAUUCUCGCGCGGGACAACCAUCUGUCGGCGAUGCACUAUGUCAUCAAGGGGGCGGACAUCGGUCUCAAGGAGAACAGCUCUGCGGGGUCUGAGAUACCGGAGGACUUCAAGCAGUGCUUCGAUAUACUUUUGGCUCAUAAAGAGUUACUAAAUGCUCGGGAUAAUAACGAAUGUACGCCCCUGCACCUUCUUGUUAUGCACCAUUUUCGCGAUCCUUAUUUCAUUGAUAAAUUGGUUGACGCAGGGGCUCUCUUAGGCGAGCGAAACAAAAGCGGAAACACUCCUUUGGAUAUCAUGACCCCCGAGGAGCUACAUCAAUUCCUCAACAGGCGAAUAGAACUGUCUGAGCCUUUGGAAUCCCCUAAAACGAUAACUUUCGACGUGGGAUUUCUGAGAUAUUCUGAUGACAAUGAAAUAGAGCGGUACGAUUGUCAAUCGUUGGUUAUAUUAAGCAAGAGUAAAGAGCGUCGUGUAUCAUGGGAUUCCCUUCAUUCGGCGAUGCGAUGCUUACUGAAAGCGGUGAUAGUAAUUUUGUCCAUUGUGCUUUUUUUAGAAAUAUGCGAAGGAUACUGGGACAUUGCAAUUGCAAAUGUUGCCAUACUUCUCACUGGUGCUGAAUUCGUCUUAUUGAUAGGAGAUCAUCCAAAACUUGCC